GGAAUUCUUGGUGUAUCGUGUGUUGAGUUUCAAAUGCAGGUGGAGGCCCUUUAAUAGGCUUCAUUAUCUUAUCAAUAUUGAUGUGAGGUGAAAUGAGUUCGUCUAAAUCUUCGUUUUUUGAAAUCUAAAAAUGUUCUCCCAAUGUUGGAAACUCCAAAGGGUUAAUUUUCCAUAAUUUAUCGUUCUAAUUUCUUGGUUAUGUGUGCGUAUCGUUAGAUAAGCAGCAACAGUACUGUGAUAGGAUUGUGGAAACAAUCCAACAGAGUGGAAUGGUUCCGGUGUGCUGGCGAGGUCUUGUUGAUUUGUGCGGUUGAGGCGAGCUCAGCACGAUGGGGAAGCUGUUAUCGAAAAUCUUCGGCAACAAGGAGAUGAGGAUACUAAUGCUGGGGCUAGACGCUGCCGGAAAGACUACUAUUUUAUAUAAGUUAAAAUUAGGUCAGUCAGUCACAACGAUACCCACGGUGGGUUUCAACGUAGAAACCGUAACGUAUAAAAACGUCAAAUUCAACGUGUGGGACGUCGGGGGGCAGGACAAAAUACGACCUCUAUGGAGGCAUUACUACACAGGCACCCAAGGUCUAAUAUUCGUGGUUGACUGCGCGGACAGAGACCGCAUCGACGAGGCGCGCCAGGAGCUGCACAGGAUCAUCAACGACCGGGAGAUGCGUGACGCGAUCAUACUCAUAUUCGCCAAUAAGCAGGACUUGCCAGAAGCAAUGAAACCUCACGAGAUCCAAGAGAAGUUGGGUCUGACACGGAUCCGCGACCGCAAUUGGUACGUGCAGCCGUCGUGUGCGACCACCGGCGAUGGACUGUACGAGGGGCUGACGUGGCUCACCAGCAACCACAAGUUAUGAGCUGCGGAGUAGGCGGACACCCGCCACCACAGCCACGGUAAGGUUAUCGAUGCCAUUUAAUUUAAGUAAGGUGCGCCCGCGUCGGAUCAGCAAUUUCACUAGAUUUGGUGCGGUGAAGUGAGUGCCGCUGUGGCAGUGCCGGACUAUCGAAUAGCUAGAAACAGUGAACUAACACUGGCCUCAACAAUAAGAAUAAGCUGGACUUUUUACACGUUUAUUUAAGAAAACAUUUUUGAGAUUUUAACGCGAGUGUGCUGAAUAUUUUAAAUAUUUAUAGAUAAUAGGUUUUGAGACAAACUUUUAUUAGAUAUUGCUUCGUUGUGUAUUCGCUAUUCUGGAAUGUACUAGGAUUUUGUAUGAAAAUAUAUUUAAGUUUAUUUUCUUUUUGCACUGAAUUAAUUAUCAAUAAUGUCAAUAAUUAAUAUAGUUUCUGGAAACUAGAGGAAGUAUAUUUAAUUACGCUGGGCACGAACAAUAUAGGAGAACAUGCAUAUAUAAAAAAAACAGGUUUGAGAACUGUCCAGCCUACUCAUACUGUUGAGGUCAGUAUUAAAAGAUUCACAAUGAUGAAUCAAUUAUUCCAUUAUUUAAAAAAAAAUUUAGCUGUUUGUUGUAUCGAAAUAUUUCAUUAUUUUUUUAUGUUAUUUAAAAUGAAUGAUUACAUAGAGUAAAUGAUUUUUUUAUUAUUAUUAUGGUUAAUUUAAUGUUUACCUCCAUUUUGUAUAGUAAUUAGGAGUUUGGAGUUAAUAAAUCAAUUAUUUGUAAAGUGCUAAAUGUUAAAUCACGUUAGUGAAGACAAAUUGGAGUACCUACAUAAUCUAUAAUUAACGCAAAUUUAACGUUAUCAUUUGGGUAUUUAUUACCAGGUUAUAUGCAAGAUUUGCGCAUAAUAAAUCUGAGCGGAAAGCAACAUUUUGCUAUUUCACAAGUGAAUAUCACAAUGAAGAAGAUAGCAUGAUAAUUUGUGUUAUAUUUCUUUCCUUGUCGGUACUAAUUCUAACGUUUCAAUACUGACACAUCCUAAUUCAUAUAAGGACUUUUGAUUACGUUUACGUUAAGGACGUUUGAUUCAACAUUUAGAACUCGUGAACGAAAAAUAAAUGAAUUAUGUGAUUAAGAGUGCGAACUUUGUAUUCGUAAACGCAAUUUUGAUUGUAAUUGCUUUAGAUAGAUAUUGCACGCAUGUGAACUGUUAAGUGGAUAUUAUAAACGUAUGUUGGCUUGACUUGGCUCCAUGAUGCUCCAUUAUAUUUCUAGAAAUUUAAUAUAUUUUCACGUAUGUCACGGGGCAAAUCUAAAGGCCUGAAUAUAGUCUUUUAAGUUGUUUAUCAAUUUUAUAUUAUUUUCUUUGAUAUUGUAUUUUGAGCAACCGUCUAUAAUAUCAAAGGCUUCCUGUAAAACAGAAAGUGUAUUUUCUGUGACAAAUAUGUAUUUUUUUGGCUAGACAAAUAUGUAAAUGAAUUAUUUAGUAUAAAUUUAUUUAUUCAUUAUUUCUAUCUUCAUUUUCAUUUCUAAUGUAACAAUUCUAAAGUCAAGCUGCAUAGUGAGUGGUUCUGUACAUACUGAAGUUCUUAUGUACAUAAUAAUAAUAAUAAUAGAAGAUUUUUCAAAUUCAUUGACAGCAACCGUAUUACGAACACGUUAGCGAAAAUUAAGCGACGUUAAAUAUUUUUUUCAUCACAAAACCGUUAACUUAAUAUUUAGGUUUAAUUUCUUAUCGUCAAAGCUUAUUGAAUCCUUUGUCAACCUAUACAUUUUUGCUAUUUUUGAUUUUGCUUUUUGUAUACCUAUACAGUUGGCAAGAGAAGAGAAGGUCAGAAAAAGGCAUAAUUGUAAAAUACACGGAAAUAAUAAAACGAAUCGUUUCUGCGCUGUCUAUGCCAGCACUGAAUCUUAAUAAAUUUUCAACCUUAUCGUAAUAAUUACAAAGUCCACUCCUCCGCAGUUCUCAGUGCUCGAUUUGCGUUGGGAAUAUUGGUCUUCUUUUCAUCACAUUCCUUGUGCUAAGGCUUUGUUUACACUAAUGUGUUUGUAACUGAACACAUAGUUGUAACAACUGUAUUAUGCUUUCAGCUUCUGAUGUGAUUCGGUAGUGUUUAGAUUUAGGUCUGGGACCAUCUGAUUUUGAUCGUAUAAUCUUGAUUGCAAAUGAGAGUAGGUAUGGAAUCCUAUGCCAAAUCUGGGACGUUAAAAGUUUACUUCUUCCUCCAAUUUUACGUAAAAAGUGGAUACUUUGCUAAAAUUGGAAAAUUUUGAGUGAUUUUCGUUUAAAACUUACUUGUACUUUUUUAAAUGUUGAUUAUGAAAAGUCUCGUCAUAUUUUUGCUAUCAUAUGUGGACAAAUCUUUAUAUCAUCAUUUAAACAUAUUCUCGUUUGCAACUCUAACAUCAUUGAUAUUAUUUAAUUGUUCUUGCCUGAAGGAAAUAAUUGACAGCAAAAUCGCCUGGAGGAUUUAUACUCUGUUAAAUCUCACCAAUUUUUUGUGAUAUAAAUAUUAUUUCUGUACUUUAACAAUUGUUUACUAAAUAUUUUUGGAUUGUUUUAACAAAAAUUGGGAUGUAACGAGAUAAGUAGAGGCCAAAUUGAUACUGAUGUAAAUAUUAAAUGUGUAUUACUUUUGAGUUUGCGGUUUAACUAGGUAUCUGGGUGUUGUUAUGACACAGCUAAGCUCGACUGAUUAAAGAUUCGUGCUCACCUUAUUGUUGUGCAGCACUUGCGCUACACAACUGUAUGGAAUUGAAACGCCUGCACUUUAAAAAGUCGUAUAAUUUGGCUUUGCACGUCCUGGAUACGGAUUCGGUGUGUGUUUAAAUGAGGCGUUGUCUGCGGGUGCGGGGCGCGGGGGGAGGUGGCUAAAGGAAUCUAGACGGUCGACAUUAUCCGCGCCUCGCCUCUAACAUGAAGGCGAAGUGUGUGGUCUGCCUAUAGGAACGCUAUCAUAAUCUUUAAAAUUACAAGCUAAAUUUAGCGUUAUAACGUCUUAUUCAUAAAAAAUAAGCUGAAGUAUGUUUUGUCUCGUUCUGUCACUGUCAAAUAUUGUAAAAUGUAGGCAAGGCAUACUUUAGCUUAAAUUUUAUUUGUUGUGUUUUAGGUUUCCCCUGCUCUUGGAUACCGGUCAAUUGCUGCUGUAGAAUUUCUAACCGAUUAUAAUUCUUAGUGAUAAUUACAGUGUCUUUCUCAACCUUCACAUCGGGAAAAUCAUCGUUUUCACAGAUAUAAUAUCUGUGAUUGGAGCUAUAGAAUUAAAAAGUGAAGUGAAGUGCACUUUAACUUUAUUAUGAAUAAAGGGGUUAAAGGGCGCUCCCCAUUACUGUGGUUUACGUAUACAAGUAUUUUUUAUGAGCAAUUGGUAGUGAAGCGUAUCAUUUCAAUUUAUAAGUGCUUAGAGCAAAGCGUGUGUCAUAAUUAGCACUACGGACCCAAAUUGAGAAUGAAUCAAGCCAAAUUCAACCUUAUUCAAUAGUUAUUACGAACACCAGUCGAGUUCUUAGCAAGCUUUAAUCGUACCGUAGUUAACUACAACGCAUAUAAUAUAAAAAGUGUAAUUAAAAUUAUAGCAAUUAUGCACUGAUGUAAAAAAAUGAGUUUAUUUAUGAUUUUUGGUUUUGUUCAAUGUUUAUAUUAUGUUCUUGUAUGAUAAUGGAGUGUGGGUGAUUCAGUCCGCUGUAUAAUAUUGUAGAAAGGUUAUUCAAUAUAAAUUCACACUUA